CGCUGACAGUUCGCACGUAUACACAUAGAGCGACAGAGAGAGGCGUAUGUGUCAAAAACGAUAAGAAACAAAAUUUCGAUCUCUGUUUACGUGCUACAACUCUUGUUUUGAGCGAUUUAAACAAAACCUAGAAUGGCUGUGUGCAUCGCAAUUAUCGGCAAAGAUAAUUCGCCACAGUAUAUCGCCACAUCCGAUUUGGACAAGGAGCUUGAAUUGCAGUAUCGUGUUCAUGCCGCAUUAGAUGUAGUUGAAGAAAAAUGCUCGGUCGGCCAAACACCAUCACAAGAUUCAAGAGAUUUGUAUAUUGGCCUCUUAUAUGCAACGGAAUAUCACAAAAUCUAUGGAUAUGUGACAAAUAGCAAAAUUAAAUUCAUCAUUGUGGUUGAUUCUAGCAAUACGGCAUUGCGGGAAAAUGACGUUCGAACGAUGUUUCGUAAUUUACAUUCAUUGUACACAGAUGCUGUGUGUAAUCCAUUUUACGUGCCCGGCGAACCAUUGACAUCAAGCAACUUUGAUAAACUAGUUCGUCAAAUAAUGACUGGCACAGUGUAAUCGUGAAUUGACAUCACCGUACGAGAUGAAUGGUCGAAAUAAUCGAAUUCAGAUGUGAUUUAUUUCAUGAAAAGUACACUACAAUAAAACAAAAUAAAAAUUGAGGUAGAAAAUCGGCAACAAAUCUCACAUUGAAUUGAACUCAACCAUGCGUCAACAAGUUGUUAAAUUUAAGAUUAACUAUAUUUUACGAAACAUUUCCAUUAUAAACGAAAAUUGUAAUUUAUAAUAAACAAUGUGAAGAAAAGAACUGUAUUCAAAAGAAAAUAGUAGAAAACAA